UUUAAUUUAAAGUACAUGUCUUUCGUUUAUUAUUCAGGACAGGAAGUUGAAGUUAAGAAUCAUUGUACGUUGCAUCAACUAGACAAAGUUUGUCGGCAGAACGAGGUUGCCUUGAUAACACGUGGCAGAGGGCCAUUUACGUUUGAAAUUGCAGACGAUUUCAGAUGCCGUUGUUACAGACAUAUGUACGCACACAGGUCUUGGAGAGACGGGGAUUAUAACUAUAUAGAAUACAGUUGUGGAAAGCCACGUUGUAGUCAUAACCGAAGUCCAACAACAGACUGCAUGAGAAUUAUGUACGACAGCUCGACGGACAGUUUUACGCAUGAUUAUCUUUGUCGGUGCCGACGACAUGAAGAAUGUAUUGGCGGACCUAUUCCAUCACCUUCACGACCUGAGACCAUUCGAACAUGUCAACGAAUAACUCCAGCUGAACUUGACCGCCGUCGAUCAGUUCGUCGGCAAUACCGGAACAUUCAACAACAUUGAAGUUAUUGAACAUCCUCCGGAGUGCCAAUUUUACGUAUAAAACUCUUCAGUUCAAUGUAAAUUGAUACAUGUUCUGCUAGAACCAUUGACUUGGGCAUUAUCAGUUCAGAAAAAAAAGUGGUAGCAUACUUUUAAAAUGUUUUCAAGGAAUUUAGAUGGUAAUGUAUCGUGACUAUAACGAUGUCAAAUUGAUAAUGUCGCUUGUGACAUAAGACACACUAGGUGUACAAUUUAAAUGACAAACACGGUCCAAUAAUAGCCUCGUUUUUAAGUUAUAAAUUCUAUAGAAAUUAAGAUCCAGCCAAGAAUCACAACGCCUUUAAAAUGGUUUAUAAUUUUAGUUACAAACAAUAUUGCUACAAUUUUAGUUGUUUAACAACACCAUAUAGAAAAGAAACCCCAUAUUAAAUAAGACCGCUGAAAUAUUUAUCGUUACAGCAAAAGAAAAAGAAUGUUUGACACAGAUGUACCAGUUAUAAUCAUAUAAGAUGUAAAUGUUAGAUAAUUUGUUGUAUAAAUUGUAGGUUAGAUCUG